AUGUCACACGGCGGCAGGCGGAGUGGCGGAGGAGGCCCGCGCAUCAGCUACACCUCCAGAAGCGCUCCCAUUCCCAUCAACCCCGAGAAGCGUGGUGGCGGCGGGCCUUCCCCAAGAAGACACCCGGCGGUCCAGGAGCCGGAACCACAAUCGGCCUACCCCGACCUCGCCGAUGUCGGCUUCGAGCCUGAUCUCGAGCUCGAAGGCCGGGACGACAGCGAAGAGGAUUUUAACACCAAGAAAGACGACGACGGCAGCGGCGGCGGUGCGAGCGGCAACAUAAGCGGCCGUUACGCGCCCUCGCCGCGGACAGGGGCCGGCGGCAACGACGGCAUCAUUUCAUUCUCCCCGGCGUUCAGCCCGUCCCCGGUCCGUGGCCCUCACGGGGGCGGCGGCGGCGGCGGCGGGGGGGGGGGGGAGGCGUGGCGAGAUCCCCGCGCGUGCUGCAACGAUAGCGACGACUGGGCGAUCGGAGGGGGCCUCGACGAAGGACCGGAGAUGGCCGACGACCGUGAUUGUACGGGGUGGGGGCGGGGCGGGAGUUCCGCUAGGGGCGGCGGGAUCCCGACGGGGGGAGGCCGGCUUUCGAGCGGAAACGGCAGCGGCGCCAUAUGUAUCGGGGGAGGGGGCAGCAGCUGCAGCUUGGGUCAUGGCGGCUGGGUGACCACCACAGAGGAGCUGCGGGGGGACGGGGGCAGGAACGGCUUCGGAGGGGAAGACCUUGCGCUGGGAAAAUCGCUGGAGCACGAUCACGGGUUCUUUAACCACAAAGAAGAUGCCCUCUACCGGAAAGUUGAGGCGAGGAGCACUAAGAGCUCUAAGAACAAGGGCCUGGGGAGGGGCGGCAGCAGCGGGAGCUUGGCGGGAAGGGACGGCGGGACCGGCGGUGGGGCGGGGUCGUGGGGGCGCAACGGAAGGAAGAGCGGCGGCAGCAGCUUGUUGAAGAUUGGCGAUAGCGUCAGCACUUCAAGCAGCGUGGGCGGGGGUUGCGACGGCGGGGGCGGCAAGAAGGGAAGCGGCAACAAGAUUAACAGGUCGGCUUCGGCGAGCGGGGGAAAGAAGGACCCCCUGAAGGCGGGGCUUGACUUCGACGCUCUGGCAGGGAGCGCGAGAAAAAUCAACCGCAGCCAAAGCUUGCUCUUGGUACCCAAGCAGCCGCCGUCUCAGACGAACAUGGCCAGCGUGAGGAAGAAUAGGACCAAGCUGCGCAGCCAGGAGGUGAGAAAGGCCAUGAAGGACAAGGAGGACCGCUGCAACGUCGAGAAGACGGCGGCUGUCGGGCUGUGGCAGACCAGCGGCGGGGAGUGGACUCUCGCUCCAGAGAAAUCCGACGAAAGCUGGGACGCGAGAGCUAGUCUUUGUAAUGGGGGCGACGGCGGGGGUCACAGCUCUUCGUGGCAAGCGCGCCCGAACCGGUUGCUGCAAGAGGAGGAGGGGAUACUGGGCCGCAUCAAGAAACUGGCUAACCGCCCCUUGGACAGCAUGGUCCGAAAGGCGCAGACGUCGUUGGCCAAGGCCCUUCGUAAGGGGGGAAAGCGGGUGCUGCUGCCGGGUCUGGAGCUGAGGUACCCCCAGAACGUCGCGGCCCUGCUGGACGAUGCGGCACAGGCCUGGGAGCACGGCCUGCUGCAUCCCCGGCGCGGGGGCAACAACAGCAGCGUCGCGUCGGGGGCGAAGACUCCCCUGGCGUGGACCAAGUCUUGGUCCCCGAUCCAGGUGAUGGAUCUAAGCGGGAACGACUUGGAAGGGAUCGACUCCCUCCUCAUGGUCGAGACGCUCCCCGGCGUGGUGGGGGCUGCUGUUUCGAAGGACGGCGAAGGGGGUGGUGGGAAUCAGUCGGAGGCGGGGGGGCGGCGGACGGCACCGGUGUACCCCCUCGCGGGGCUCCGCGAGCUCAGGCUGAACGGAAACAUGCUGCACGGGCUGCCGGGCAACAUGGCGCUCGUCCUCCCCUCCCUAGAGAAACUCGAGCUCUCGGGCAACUGGAUCGAGGAGAUCAGGGCGCCGCGGGCGCCGCUGCCCUCGCUGAAGCACCUCGACCUCGGGUACAACAGCCUCCUCGAGCUGCCGGCGGAGGUUUGCCUGGCGAUGCCCUCCCUGGAGGUGCUGCUGCUGCCCAACAAUCUGCUGGAGUGUCUCCCGCGGGACCUGGUGGGGCUGCGGCACCUCAAGAGGCUGGACGUGGGUCGCAACCCCCUGACUUCGCCCCCCGUGGAGGUGGCGGCGAGGGGGCUGGACAGCGUGAAGCGGUACUUCCGGGACGUGGAGAGCAAGCACCGGGACGACGACGACGACAUGGUCGCGGAAGAGGUGCACGUGGAGGUUCCCAACCUCGUCAAGGUCAUAUUCAUCGGGCACGCAGACGCCGGCAAGUCGGAGGUCGUCAAGGGGCUGCUGUCCACCAAGCCCCACACCAACAACGACGGCAGCAUCGUUUCGACCCCUACCAAGAGCACGCCGUCGUUAUCGGCCACCAGCACGCCCCUGCAACAGCCCCGACGGCUCGGCGCUGCCCCUAGGACACCGCCGCUGCCGCCGCUGCCGCUGCCGCCGCCGCCGCCCGACGAUGACGACGAGGGCUGGCAGGUGGUAGGCACGGGUCGGCAGCGUUCCCUCCCGGCGUCAAACCCGCCGCCGAACCGGCCCCAGCAUGGACGUUCCGAACCGCCGCCGCACGGCGUUGGCACUCCGGCCUCUGGCCGGGUGAGGGGAUCGGGGACGAAGACAACGACCGCUCGGAGCGGGGGGGUCGGUGGAGCGGCUGGCGGAACGACGGGAGGAAUGGGGGGUUCGUCGGCGUCGAGGGAGAGGAGGAAGUCGCUUCUGACUCCUGAUUCUCCGGAACAAGUCGCAAUGGACAUCCAAACCGUCACGUACACCCCGACCUCUGGCCACCGAGGCCGGAAACACUUGGGAGGUGGGGUGGGGGUUGUUCGGCCUGAAGAGGGCGGUAAGGAUAACAGCGACAACGCCGCGGGAGUUGCGACGCCCAAACUGUCGGGAUACGGUGGUGAUGGCGGCGGAGAUGGAGACGCGAGAAAUAUCACCCUCAAGCUGUGGGACUUUGGCGGAACGGAGGACUUCCAUGCCGUGCACGGUCUCUUUUUCUCCGGGCGUGCCCUGUACACUGUGGUGUUCGACCUGCGGCACGUCAACAGAGACGAGAUAGACGAGAGAGUGCAGUUCUGGGUCGACUGCGUCCAGAGCAGAGUUCCCGGCUCGCUCAUUCUUCUAGUCGGGACACACGCGGACUUCAUGAGUCCGGCGGAAGCAAAGGCCGAAAUUGACAAGGUUCGGGAGCAGGACCAGACCAAACUCAUCGCUGCCCAUAACCAAAAAAUAAUCUUUGAACCCAAACGAUUAGGGCGCGUUCCCCUAGGCACGUACAUACACCCGCGCAUGGGAGGGUCUGAGAGAACAUACAAGCAUUGUCCUUCGUUUUUUCUUUUUCGAUCACCACACAACAAUCCGGGCACGGUCUUGUACAACGGUUUUCUAGGGCUGUAUCAUACGGUGGUUGAGCUUUUUCUUCCCUUUCGUCGCUUCUCUUCCCAACGCCUCCCGAGCCAGGGCUUCAGAGAAUUCCGCGAGCAAGUCCUCAACCUCGCCGGGGACGGGAAGCGUUUUCCCCCCUCCCGGCUACCGCCCACUUGGUGGAAAGCCGACCGACUCGUCAAGCAGCGGCGGGAAGAGGGCCACCACAUCAUCAGCGUCGGGGACCUCGUCGUCGGCCUUAGGGACGGCGUUGGUGGAGAGGUUUCGGCGUCGCCCGCCGGGGACGGUCAGAGCUGGGAAGAUUCGCGGAACGCGGUUGUUUCGACGCUGGAGUGGCUGAACGACACGUCAGAAGUGGUGUACUUCAACAAGCCGGGCCUGGACGAGUUUGUCAUUCUUCACCCGAGACACCUCAUGAGCGCCAUCAAACAAGUCGUCAGAAACGCCAGCGGACAGGGUCAACGAGCCGCGGCGCCGGGGGCUCCGCGGUCGCAAGAAUCCAAGGGGGAGCCCUCGUCCCUCGAGGCCGCCCCUGCGGCGGCAGCGGCGGCAGCAGCGGCGGCGACUUCAGCGGCCGCGCUGGCCGCGUCUAAGAACGCCAGGAAAACGGCUAAGAGAAACGCCUCUUCCCCUAAGCCGGGUGGCGAGUCAGCGGGACGAUCCCGCCGAAGCUCGCCGCGAACCAGCAACACAAGCGGUAGAGGCAGCGGGCGCGGGGGCGGCGCGUCCCAGCAGAUCGCUGGAGCGUGGGGUCGUGGCGCUGGGCGAGGAGGAAACGGCCCCGUGGUCGGGAGUUCCCCCGCACCCACCGCCACCGCCGGCCCCAACGGCGGUGACGGAGGUAGUUGGGCCGCGGCGGUGGGGUACAUGUCGGCGGCCCCGGCUCCGGCGAGGCAGGCAGGGGACGUUUCAAACCCGUCCCCUGUUACGGCGACGCCGCCGCCUGCUGCUGCUGCUGCCUCCAGCGCGAAAGACAACGACGGCAAGAGGCCGUCCUACCUGGAAACGCUCUCCAGGGGCGCCGCGGUCGACUCCGGCGGUGGCGCCAGCAGCAGCACCGCGAGAAGAACGUCAUCGGGGGGCAGCACCCCGGCACCGGUGCCCGAAGCGGUCCUGACCUACCGGGACGAGCAGCGGCUCGACGACGGUUUCGUGAGCAGGGCGGCCGUUGACGCUCUGCUGGAGCCGCUCGCAGAGUUCAACUGCAACAGGCUGGGGCGGGAGUUUCUCAUCAGGCUCUUUCAGGAGUCGUGCGUGCUCGUCAAGGCCACCGACGGGCCCCCCUCGAGGCCCGAGACGGGGAAAGGCGCGGCGAAGGUCAAGGGGCAACCGCGGGGCGUCGUGCGGUCGCAGUCCAUGGAACCGACAGGGUCGAAGAAGAGCGCGUCGGCUGCCGCGAGCAGGGAGCAGGAGGUGGAGUACUUCAUCCCCUGCCUGCUGCCGACCCGACCAAUCGAGUGGACCGCCUCCUGGGUGGCCAACGUUCACUGCGGGAGGCGAUGGCGCUUCCAACGGUUCGUGCCCCCUUCCCUCAUGAGCGCGCUCAUCUCGAGGUUCUACGGCAUGGGCAAGAGGGGCUCUGCCAGCCUUUCCAGGCGGAGCAUCUACAUCAAGGUUCCCAUCGGGGGGAACAGUGGCGGCAACAGCGGCACAACCAGGAGGCGAGGAGAGGCGGAGGUUUUCCUAAAGCUUCACCGAGGCGGCCAGCACAACGCCUCUCUCUCCAUGCAAAGCCCACGCCUGGAGCUGCUGGCGCAGGCCGAGUCGCAUCGGCGUGAGGAGCUGAUGCGACGCCUGGAGGGAUUGGUGAAGGAGGUGGACAGGACUCUCGGCGAGUUUCCCGGACUGCUCUUUGAACGAAGGGUACCCUGCCCCGCGUGCAUGGAAAAGAAGCCCGGGGACCCCGCGGCUUGGGGAGGACUCCCUCUCGAGAUGGUGGAAGAUAAAAGGUCGUGCCCGGGAGACCUGCCCAUGUGCAAGUACAAGUGCCGAUUACAAGACCUUCAGAAGCGGCUCAUGUUCGUGGGGGAGUUGCACCCGGAAGGCGACGAGGCCGACGGCUCUAUUCGAAACGGAACCCUCAGCCACCACCACCACCGCCGCCACGGUAGCGUGUGGGUCUCCCCCCUGCCGGAGCUGGGAGUUCCCGGCGUGUUCGAUGGGCUCGGGGCGGGGAUAGGGGAAAGGGACGGCGGGCCUUACCGAGGAUUCGGGGUCCCCAGAGUGGAGUCUCUGUACCCCGCGGUGUGCCCGAUCGCGAUCUACGACUGCGUGACUCAGCGAAUGAGGGCUCACGCUACCGCCUUCAUCGUCAAGUCCGAGAAGGGAUACCUCCUUUCCGCCGCCCACACGUUCCUCAAGUUCAAGUUCGAAGAGAACGAUGUUGGUGUCGAGGAUGGCGAUGAAGGGAGGAACGCUCCUCGUCGAGGGAGGUGGUGCUACCACAAUGGGGUCACCCACGAGAACUGCAUUGUGCUGGUGGGGACGUUCCAAUCGCCGAGCACGACGCAGUGGGAGUUCGUUGCGGAGGUCUUGCAGCACUCCGAGCUGGUUCGGUCGAAGCUCUACUACGACAUCGGCUGGAACAAGGACCACCCCGUACUGCUCAGGAUCAAGCUCCGGUUCAGCCCGAUCCCUACCAAGGUGGUGGAUCAUCUCGUGUUCAAGGAAGUGACCAGAGACUGGAGGGCGCGAGCGCCGGGCGGGGAUGUCGUGAAUAGCACGCAGGACCAGCGAUUGCGGCACCAUUCGUCGGGCUUGACUGCACUCAAGCUCGGAGAUUCGAGGAAGGUACACAACAGGCCGAAGGGCGACGUGGAGUACCUGACCAUCUACCCGGAGGCCCUCCUGGAGGUGCUCAAGGAGGAAGACAACGACGUGUGCAUGACCAUGACGGUGUUCCCGCAGGAACUACUCACCCUCGUGGCCUUCCCGGAGCACAUCGCGCCCUACUUCUCCUCCAUCUCCGUCACGCACGGCCCGGUCGCGCGAAACAUGGUCGGCCAAGACGUGAUCGAGGUCCUGCUUUCGAAUCAUCCCGGUGCUAGCGGAGGCCCCGUGGUCGACAAACGGGGAGAGGUGGUUGGCAUCCUCAGCCAAGGGAACCAGUUCGGCGCGUACGUGAUGGGGAUCUCGACCGCCAAGACCAUCUUGAACGCUUCCACUCCGGACCUCGAAACGAUCUUCACGGACCGCCCUUUGGUGCAGCGGUGCAAAGCGCGCCACGCCGCCGACGUUGUCCACGCGGCCGCCCUCCGUGCCGCGGCGAACGCCGCCGCUACAGAUAGAAGCGCUGCUGCCGUUGCCAACGCCGGCGGGGGGGGCGUAAAUACAAGAAGUUGA